AAAAACGUAUGUGUAAUGAAGUAUAAUGGUCUUUUAGUUUCUAUUUACUUACUCAACAAGAAUCCCUGACCUGUUUAGUUGAACACAACCCUGAUCUACUUGCAGUAAUUAAAGAAAGACUCGCGCAGAGAUUUUCAACAGCUGAGAUUCCCUUCUUUUUAAGAUUUUUAAAUAGCCAUCUGCUAGCACCUAGCAGAAGAGUAUUCAAUUGAUCUGUCAUUCUUGAAUAGACAAACUAAGAAGCAUUUAAAAAAAAAAAAAGGAUUCGGAUCAAUCGAGUGAAAUUAGAUCAUUUUCCACGGCGCACUAAUGUUACUCGGCACGGUCUUGCGACUGGUGUAAUGUACAUGUGCAUAGUCAACAAUUGUAGUUGAUCAAAGAAACGAAUUAAAUCUGCCCAAAAAUCUCAAAAUAUGUAAGUUGCUAACUACUGUCCAUACUCGUGCUCGUAGGUACGAAAGAAGUGCUGAUUUCAUUCAAUUUUCCUUCAAAGUAUAUUGUUCAGACUGAUUUAAUACUUGACUUCUUUUUUUUCCUUUUUAUUUUACUCUUUGUUGUUUCAUAUUCAUAUUGCAUAUUUUAUGUGCUUGAAAAACUUAAAAAUAAAUGUUAUGAAUAAAGAUUAAAAAAAAAUAAUUUUGUGUUUUUCUCUGCACCUUUUGCGUGGAAUGUGUGACAGGAAACGUUAUUGAUUUCAUUACUCACUUUAAAACCUAAACUUGAUGCGGACUCCAUUGCAUCUACCUACUGUUGUUGUAAUUUGAAUACUUUUUGUUCUAUCUGUGAACCUAUAAGGACUUCCUUAAAAAGAGUUUUUUUUUUUUUUUUCAUUUCAGUGUGAUUUCCUGCUUUAAUAACGUUAGCACUUUAGCUUUAGCAAGUGCACCAUAUUGGUCAAUGAACAGAGAGAGAGAGAGCGAGAGAAAACGAAGAAUUUCGUUCUUCCAUGUGGGUAUAAUGAUAUAAUGUACCCUUGGAAUUCGAUGGUUCUAAUAUUAAACAACAUUUCAUAUGCCUUUCUUUUUACAAAUGUAAUGUAAUGUAAUGUAAUAAGCAUGAAAAGAUUUAAAUAUGAUUACCACUUGCCCAUAAUUAGCAUAUUAGCCUAGUUGUAUGUUGUUUCCUAUCUUAAGAGUUCAAGAAUAAAGGAAAAGCCCAAAUUAUUACGGGGUGUAGUUUUAGGCCACAGAGCAUUGACGCUGAUGAAGAAACAAAUACAAAAAAAUACAAAAAAAUAUAAAUAAAUGGUAAAUUAUACUGAACGUAGGAAUUAGGAACAGGUUACACUGAUAAUAGUACACAAUGCUUUUAAUUUGAAACAAAUGACCGGAAGAGGGACUGUUGAUGGGCCGCUAUAAGGUCAGUCGAGGAUGCGGGAAUGAGCGUCGACAGUGGUGAAGUUACAUUCUGUUUUACCGCGUCGGAGGUCUUCGUCGACUUGAAAGAUCUGCCCCCCUGAGGAUCAUUUCUGCUUCCGCGCCUCCUGACCCCUGCAAGAUGGGCAAUGGAUUUUCCGAGCACCACUUCCCGUUGUCACGUCUCCCCUCGUUCCAGACGCAGCACGUCGUUAUUCUGGGUCUGGACUGUGCGGGAAAGACCACGGUGCUGUAUCGUCUGCGUUUCAACGAGUUUGUUAACACCGUCCCGACGAAGGGUUUCAACGCCGAAAGGAUCAAGGUCUCCCUCGGAGGACGCAGAGGCCGAGCGUGCUUCCACUUGUGGGACGUCGGUGGGCAAGAGAGGUUGCGUCCGCUGUGGCGCUCCUACACGCGCUGCGCGGAUGGCAUCGUGUUUGUGGUGGACUCUGCGGACGCCGAACGCGUCGAGGAGGCCAAGAGCGAGCUGCACAAAAUCACGCGUCUGGUCGAGAACAAGGGCGUGCCGGUUCUGGUGGUGGCUAACAAGCAGGACCUGAGGAACUCGCUUAGUCUGGCUGACAUGGAGUGCAUGUUGGCUCUUGGAGAACUAGGCGGUAGCACACCUUGGCACCUUCAGUCCGCCUGUGCCAUCAUUGGUGAGGGACUGCUGGAAGGACUACAGACACUGUAUGCUAUGAUCACGAAGAGGAAAGCGAUUCAGCGGCAGCAGAAAAGGAGGAAGCGAUGACGCCGUAGCUGCAAAGGCAAUGGAACGUACUUUUUUACUAGCCUAGUAUGAACAUUUCGUAGUAGAACACAUGGCACGCUAUUGAUUUCUACGGAGGGUUGACCAUAGGUGUUGUGGACAGAAAUGUUUUCAUGCCCCCCCUGUCCCCGACCCAUGCAAAUUGAAAUGCU